AUGCCUGCGGAUAUUGCCGAGCGUACUCAGGUCCGUGUCUGGAUGUCAGCCUCCGAAGGCACGUUCCUUAUACACGCCUUGGCAAUCAUGUACGGCAGUGGUGCUGCUCCUGACGCGGCUGAUAAAAUAUCGAAGGGUCUUUCCCCUCAGGUGCACCGGGAUUUUGACUGGUUGGAGUCUGAGCUGAAGAAAGGUGGAGGAAAGUAUCUAGUCGGAGACCAUCUGACAGCGGCAGACACCAUGAUGGGCUUCAGUGUCGCAUUUAUCCUCAAGAUGGGUCUUGGUACUAGCGGGAAGAAGUGGCCUGCAGUGGAAGCCUGGCUGGCAAACAUUGAGAGCACAGAGGCAUACCAGCGAGCAGUAAAUAAGACUGGACACACCCUUGGCUAA